AGGUCCUGCGCUCCCAUCCGCAGCCUGAGGUCAGUGAGAUGCAGCCCGGAGACUGGCCCUUGCUCCCGCAGGAUGCUGCUGACAGCCCCCCGUGUGACAGCAGGGUAGUAGGAGCUGGGGCUGGGCCUCCCCUGGCAGAGGAAAUGACUGCUGAGCUAAUGCCAGCUCCAGAUCUGGGAGCCCCCUGUCCAGCCCUGAUGGACCCAGAGCUGCCCAUGGGGGACGAGGUCCCCACCCCGGAGAUGUGGCGCCAGCGCUUCCGGUGCUUCCGCUACCAGGAGGCCGUGGGACCGCGGGAGGUUCACAGCCGUCUGCGGGAGCUGUGUCGGGGCUGGCUGGAGCCCCAGCACCGCACCAAGGAGCAGAUCCUGGAGCUGGUGGUGCUGGAGCAGUUCCUGGCCAUCCUGCCCCAGGAGACGCGGAGCUGGGAGUGGGGACACGGCGUGCAGGCUGUGACCAUGGCUGAGUGGUUUCAACUGGGGUCAGCGGAGGACGAGACCCUCCAGGUCACAGUGUGCGUGAAGGUCAAGGACACGGCCUCAGACAAGAUGGGAAGUGCUGGGGCACUGUGGGAACCUCUCGGCUCCCAGCCACAAGAGUCACAGCCGCCUCCUGAGCACCUGCUCCUGGAGAAGCCGGGAUGCGGUGAAACUCCAGGGCCUGAUGUCCCAAAAGACAAGCCCCCACCUGGGUGGGAAUCAGGUGCAGCAACCCUAAGCAAGGUGGAGGAGCAAUGUCCUGAGGAAGGGCCUGCAAACCUGGAGCUGCUGGCAGUGUCCCCAGGGAGACUGGGGGAGAGGGGAUCCCUGACACCUGAGCCUGGCCAGCUGCAGAAGAGACAGGGCAGGCCUCCAAAACAGGAGGUGAGCCAGGCACUAGCUGCAGUUGGAGAUCUCCCGGAGGCCUUUGAGGACGUGGCCGUGCACUUCACCCGGGCGGAGUGGGAGCUGCUGGACGAUGGAGACAAGGGGCUGUACUGGGACCAGAUGCUGAGGAAUUACCAAGCCCUCGUUUCCCUGGGAUAUCAAGGUGCCACCCCAGACUUGAUCUGCCGCAUCCAGCGAGGGGAGGUGGAGCUCUGGGUGGGUGAAGAUGAGGAACCUGGAGAAACCUCAUGGUCUGAAGGCCUGUCCCCAGCAGAUCCUGGGACACUAAGCAGAGCUGAGCAUCAGUCUCCUGCCAACCUGAAGCUGUUUCCAGCUAGAAACCAGCUCCCCACCCAACAGGGACAGAUAACAGCGGAGACCCACAGGAGCCCUGCAUGCACAGAAGGAUUUGAAGGGCUGAGAGACCUGAAGAGCCCCAAGGGCAGGGUUCAGAGUGGGCAUGGGUCCUAUAUAUGCGGAGAGUGUGGCAAGAGCUUUGGGGACCUCCAGGAACUUGGAGCUCACAGGGGACCCCUGGGAAGGGAGAAGGACUACCCCUGCGCCGAGAGCUGGAGCAGCUUCCAAGAAAAAGACCAUCUCAUCCAGCAACAGAGAACAGAGCCAGGACAGAACUCCUGUCUCUUCCCCGAGUGCAGGCAGAGCUGCAUCUCCCUGAGCGACCUCCAAAUCCACCAGCGCAUGCAUGUGGGGGACAAGCCGUACCGCUGCAAUGAAUGCAGCAAGAGCUUCACCAGGCGGUAUCAUCUCCAGGUGCACACGCGCGUGCACACGGGGGAAAAGCCAUUCUCGUGCCCCCAGUGUGGCAAGAGCUUCACCAAGAACUCCGCGCUGACAAAACACUGGCGCGUGCACACGGGGGAGAAGCCGUUCUCCUGCCGGCAGUGCGGGAAGAGCUUCAGCGACAACUCGACGCUCACGGGCCACCUGCGCGUGCACACGGGGGAGAAGCCCUUCUCCUGCUCCCAGUGCGGGAGGAGCUUCACCAAGAGCUCCACGCUCACAAGGCAUCUCCUGGUGCACACGGGGGAGAAAAGGUUUUCCUGCAGCCAGUGCGGGAGGAGUUUCACCCACAACUCGACGCUUACCAAGCACCUGCGCAUGCACACGGGGGAGAAGCCGUACGGCUGCGGGGAGUGCGGGAAGCGUUUCCGGCAGAGCGCCGGCUUGACGAAGCACCAGCGAACCCACCAAGACAAGACCAGGGGACAGCUUCUUCCAUCCUCCCUUUGCAAUGGAGAGGGGAGCCCCACACCUGGAUGUUCUCUGCAAUGCUGGGAGGAAGUGGUGGAGCAGGGGCGGAGGCACACAAGACCUUCCUGCGCCUUCCAUGGCAGCAGGGCUGCUGGUAAGGAGCAGCCCAAGGUGGGACAGGGCUGCACCUGGCUGCAAGGAGCAAGUGCAGGGGCUGCAGACGGCCCCAGAGACACGGUGCUGCCAACAGGCUCCGUGCACGAGCGGUGGGAGAGCGAGAGUCCAGGCCCCCGAGCUUCACCAGCACGCAGGAUGGCAGCCAAGCUAGGUCCAGCACCGGCCCUGAGCCUCCUGUUGCCGGCACUGGUGCAGCCCUCGGUGAAGAUGGAGGAACAGGACUCAGCAGGUCCACCAGAGCCUGUGGCAGGAGCUGAAGGGGCUGGGAACGUCCCUCGUGUCAUUGAGGCUGGGACUGCUCAGGAGACCGUGAGCUGGGAGGAGCUGCAACAGGUCAAGCAAGAGCCACAGGAGGAACCAGCCCACCACGGGGAGGGACAGUGGCAGGAAGGGAUGCAGCAUCUUCCUGCCAAGGUUGGGAUGGACACAGUGACCCUGCAGCUGCCAGAGCUGGCCCCCGGAAGCGAGGUCCCCACCCCGGAGAUGUGGCGCCGGCGCUUCCGGGGCUUUUGCUACCAGGCGGCCGAGGGGCCGCGGGAGGCGUGCAGCCGCCUGCGGGAGCUGUGCCGGCGCUGGCUGGAGCCCCAGCGCUGCAGCAAGGAGCAGAUGCUGGAGCUGGUGGUGCUGGAGCAGUUCCUGGCCAUCCUGCCCCGGGAGAUGCAGAGCUGGGAGUGGGGACUUGGUGUGGAGACCUGCGCCGAGGCGGUGGCCCUGGCCGAGGGGUUUCAGCUGGGGCACGCGGAGGAUGAGAAGCUCCAGGUCACAGUGUGUGUAAAGGUUGAAGACGUGUCCUCGGAUAAGAUGGCACCCACUGGGGCAUUGUGGGAACCUCUUGAUUCCUGGCCACAGCAGCCACAGCCCAAUCCUGCUCACAUGCCCCAGGAGGAGGCAGGAUGGGGUGAAACCCCAGGGGUCCAGGAUGAGCUGCCUCAUGUCCCCAAAGAGGAGCCCCUGCCCCAUGAGGAGUCAGGUUUCUCCAACACAGAGGAGACCUGGGACUCAUCCGCAGAUGAGAGCUCCAUGGGUUGGUUCCCCAGACAAGACCCUUCCCCAGGAGCAGCAGGUGCAGGGACACUGAGCGGAGCUGAGGAGCAGCCUCCGGAGGAAGGGCCCGCCAACCCGAAGCAGCUGAAGACGUCCCCAGGGAAAGCAGGAGCGAAGGCCCUGCCUGGUGGAGCACGCGCCGGGGAGGAGCCGCACCUUUGCGCCGACUGCGGAAAGAGCUUCGCCUGCCUCUCAAAACUGGCCGCCCACCGCAAGAUCCACUCCAGGGAGCGCCCCCACCACUGCCCCGACUGCGGGAAGAGCUUUGUGUUCCUCUCCAUCCUGGCCAAGCACCGCACCGUGCACACGGGGGACCGGCCGCACCGCUGCGGAGAGUGCGGGAAGACCUUCAAACACUCUUCCAGCCUUUUCCUCCACCGGCGCGUGCACUCGGGAGUGCGGCCACACCAGUGCGGCGAAUGCGGGAAGAGCUUCGCCCACUCCUGCAGCUUGGCCCGGCACCAGCACGUCCACUCGGGGGAGAAGCCACAUCGGUGCGGAGAGUGCGGGAAGUGCUUUGCUCAACCCGGCCACCUCACCCAGCACCGGCACAUCCACUCGGGGGAGAAGCCGCACAGCUGCGGGGAGUGCGGGAAGAGCUUCGUGCGCCGCGGAGACCUGGUCCAGCACCAGCGCGUGCACACGGGGGAGAAGCCGUACCUGUGCACCAAGUGCGGGAAGAGCUUCAGCAGCCUCGGGUACCUGGCUACCCACCGCAAGAUCCACUCCGGGGAGCGUCCCCACCGCUGCGAGGAGUGCGGCAAGACCUUCGUGACCCGCUCCAACCUCACCACGCACCAGCGCGUGCACACCGGGGAGAGGCCCUACUGCUGCCCAGACUGCGGGAAAAGCUUCACCCUCUCCUACAACCUGGCCCAGCACCGGCGCAUCCACACUGGGGAGAGGCCGUACCUGUGCACCCACUGCGGCAAGAGCUUCCAGCGCCAGGUGCAUCUGACCCGGCACUGGCGCCUCCUCAUGCAGGAGCAGUCGUAGUCAUGUCCACGGUGCUGGAAGGGUUUGGGAGCACCUCCGUCAGCGGCUGGACUUGGGUGAAGGGCCAGUCCUCUCUACCAGGGGUGGGCAGAGAUUCACCCUGCUCUCAUCCAUCAGCAGGCAUCUCAGGACCCACUAGGCCCAAAGGCCAGACUGUGAGGUUUGAUAGGGGCGGAAAGGGAGCUGAUAUGCUGGAGGGAGUUAUAUCAGGACCUGGCUCUACUACUCAUCACCUCUCGAAAAAGGGAGCCCAGGGAGGCAGAGCUGUGGGGAACAGGUAGGACUUCAAAAAGAGGUCUAACACACAACACAGUGAGGUCUGAUUGAACUCCCCAAUGAACGCCACGGGUCUCCUGGCUCCAUCCUCUGUGGCAGUACUGGGAGGAUGAGCGUGUCCUUCUCGUAGGUCCCAGUGUCCCUACUGGGAAGCUCGUGAGGUACAGUGAUAUUUCUGGCCAGGAAAGUGUUACCUAUCUUCUACCCUGAACCUUGCCAGCCUAUAUCCUAUAUUUAUAAAUGGCUUAUUCUAAUUUUCUAAUAAAUGUUUGCUGAUUGGUUUUA